CAGCCCGGCGGAGAGGCCCUGCUGCAGAGCCCGGGGCCCCGCAGGUGCCCGCCCCUCCGGGGGGCCUGUCACAGCCCUGUCAGCGGAGUCCUCCUGGGGAGGGCCUCGCGCCCCUCCGGCCUCCGGCCCGCACUCCUCAGGCCCCCGGCCUCCUCUGGGCCUGUGGCCUCUGCCCCGGGCCCCCGGCCUCAGCCGCCAGCCCCCGGGGGUUGGGGCCGCGGCAGGACGGGCCCCUGCGGGUGCGGGGCCUGGGGAGCAUUCCCUCCGGGUUUGGUCCGGACGCGCCUGGGGAGGGGGUGGGCCUGAGACUUGGCCAAUGAGCUGGGCCCGCCGCUGCCGCGUCCGGCUACACCUCUGCCCGGGACCGGCCCUCCCCGGGCACCAGCAGGUGGACGGCCGGGCCGGCCCGCGACCGGGCGCCGGGUGAGCAGGGCGGGCCCGGGUGCCCGCCUCAGUCCCGCAGAAGCCUUGACCUUGAAGAUGGUGAGUAGCCAGCCAAAGUACGAUCUAAUACGGGAGGUAGGCCGAGGUAGUUACGGUGUUGUGUAUGAAGCAGUCAUCAGAAAGACCUCUGCACGCGUGGCAGUGAAGAAAAUUCGAUGCCAUGCUCCUGAGAAUGUUGAACUAGCCCUGCGCGAGUUCUGGGCCCUAAGCAGUAUCAAGAGCCAACAUCCAAAUGUGAUUCACUUGGAGGAAUGCAUCCUACAAAAAGAUGGGAUGGUGCAAAAGAUGUCCCAUGGCUCUAAUUCUUCCCUUUAUUUACAGCUCGUAGAGACUUCAUUAAAAGGAGAAAUUGCCUUUGAUCCCAGAAGCGCCUAUUACUUGUGGUUUGUAAUGGAUUUUUGUGAUGGAGGAGAUAUGAAUGAGUAUCUGUUGUCCAGGAAACCCAAUCGUAAAACUAACACCAGCUUCAUGCUUCAGCUGAGCAGUGCCCUGGCUUUCUUGCAUAAAAACCAGAUCAUCCAUCGCGAUCUUAAACCUGAUAACAUCUUGAUUUCUCAAAGCAGGUUGGAUACCAGUGACUUGGAACCCACACUGAAAGUGGCUGAUUUUGGUCUAAGUAAAGUGUGUUCAGCCUCUGGGCAGAACCCAGAAGAACCUGUCAGUGUAAACAAGUGUUUCCUUUCCACAGCCUGUGGAACAGAUUUCUACAUGGCUCCUGAAGUAUGGGAGGGACAUUACACAGCAAAGGCUGACAUCUUUGCUCUGGGGAUUAUCAUCUGGGCGAUGCUGGAAAGGAUCACAUUCAUAGACACAGAGACAAAGAAGGAACUCUUGGGGAGUUAUGUGAAACAAGGAACUGAGAUUGUGCCUGUUGGGGAGGCACUUCUGGAAAAUCCCAAAAUGGAACUUCUUAUUCCUGUGAAGAAAAAGUCUAUGAAUGGGCGAAUGAAACAACUGAUUAAGGAAAUGCUGGCUGCAAACCCUCAGGAUCGUCCAGAUGCUUUUGAACUAGAACUCAGAUUAGUACAAAUUGCAUUUAAAGAUAGCAGCUGGGAAACGUGACACAUACAUUAUUUGCAAAUAUCUUGGAUGAUAUGCUGCUUCUGUUUUCACAGUAAUGCAACAUAAUGUGGCUGAAAAAGAAUAUAAAAAGCUGAACCUCACCUUCUAAGGGUUUAGAAUUUAUUGUGGGAUAUUUUUUUCCUCAUUUUUCUUAAGUCUGAGCUGGCCACUUUGUCGUAUGUUUUAAAUGUAUUACCAAUGUGGGUGUAAAUUUUUUUUUUUUUUAAUGAUCAUUGGUAGAAGUUUGGCAGGAAAAUUCUCUUAAGAGCCAAGAAGAAAAGAGAAUCCAGUUUUCUGGAAAUAUGUCUCUAAGUAUUUUAGACAUUCCUUGUCAGUAUUAGCAAUUUCCAUGGAAGAAGAGGUUUGCGUGCUGGUAAUGCAACCUUUGAAGCUUUGUAAAGGAAGCAUAUAUGUAUAUAUUUAUGUAUAUGUAAGUAUGUGAAUGUGUGCAUUUUGCAUUCCAUAUGAAGAAAAUGCCACUUCUGUUUAAAUUAUUUGAUGUAGGUUUGGGUUUUUGAGAUUUGCUGGUGAAAUCAGUGAUGAAAAAUAAAAGAAUCUUCAUCUUCCUACCCUAUCCCUCCCUCUAAUGAAAUCAUACUAAGUUCUUUAUUUUUAUAAUUAUACAGUUUUUUUAAAGGCAUUAUUUUGGAGGGCCUAAAAUCUGAUUAAACAUAAAUGAAACUAA